CAGGUGCAGCAGGCAGUGAAGACAGCAAAUGGUAUGUUAGCAUUCAUAGCAAAAGGAUUUGAGUAUCAGAGCAGGGAGUUCUGCAGUUGAACAGGGUCUUGGUGAGACCACACCUGGAGUAUUGUGUAGAGUUUUGGUCUCCUAAUCUGAGGAAAGACAUUCUUGCCAUAGAGGGAGUACAGAGAAGGUUUACCAAACUGAUUCCUGGGAUGGCAGGACUUUCAUAUGAAGAAAGACUGGAUAGACUCGGCUUGUACACGCUAGAAUUUAGAAGAUUGAGGGGGGAUCUUAUAGAAACUUACUAAAUUCUUAAGGGGUUGGACAGGCUAGAUGCAGGAAGAUUAUUCCCGAUGUUGGGGAAGUCCAGAACUAGGGGUCACAGUUUAAGGAUAAGAGGGAAGUCUUUUAGGACCGAGAUGAGAAAAUCAUUUUUUACACAGAGAGUGGUGAAUCUGUGGAAUUCUCUGCCACAGAAGGUAGUUGAGGCCAGUUCAUUGGCUAUAUUUAAGAGGGAGUUAGAUGUGGCCCUUGUGGCUAAUGUGUUCAGGGGGUAUGGAGAGAAGGCAGGGAUAGAAUACUGAGUUGGAUGAUCAGCCAUGAUCAUAUUGAAUGGCAGUGCAGGCUCGAAGGGCCGAAUGGCCUUCUCCUGCACCUAUUUUCUAUGUUUCUAUGUAACUUACCAUGGUUAGUAGGCAUGAUUCCUGGAGUGUUAGUCCACUACCACAACCAUUAGGGUACCAUACACUAAAAUAGCCAUUAUGUGAAUGAGAUUGAUGACUGUUUUUAAAUCAUCUUUAAUGUGAUGUCAUAAAAGCUUCAUGUUAUCAUCAGGUGUAUAUUGUGACAUCAUGUUAGAAUUGAUUUCCUCCAACAAAUGUAAUAAUUUUAUUGUUGUCUUUAGUUGCAGAAAAAACAUUCUUCGUGAACAUCUGACUCAUUUUCUAUAUUUUAACUAAAUUGAGAAGAUUUGAUCUCCACACCUCCCAGUUCCAUGUUCAUAUGCCUUACCAACGUUUUUCAGACUUCAUGGAAAAUCAUGUGAGAGUUGCAUCGAGGAGGAACAGUCACUGUUUGCUUAAUACUAUCUCAACAAACGAACAAGAACAACAUCAGAGGGUGAAAAGAUGCUCCAGCUCUCCCUCAAAACAACCCCCAACAUUAAACAACAGCAAGCUAUCUACUUUGCAUUUUCAAACCUCGAGUUCUCAGGGGGACACGAAGAACCAUCAAUGCUUAAUUAAAUCAGUUCAGCAAAAUGCAGUAAGGAAUUUGGUGAAGGAACACCGUGAAAUGACCAAAUUCCAAAAGCCAGAAUAUCCCUUUUACCUCACUGCACAGAAUGUUGUAGAGGAAGUGAAAAGUACUUCUCAUUCCAAUUUCAGGAAUUCAGAUUCCACCUUAACCCUACCUGAAGUGAAAUAUGUAAGUGAGGAAAUGACUACCCCACCAAGCAGCUCUUCAUAUAUAUCUUUAACAGAGAGUUUGUUGCUCUCAGAUCCUGUUGGAAACCAGCUGUCUGCCAAAGUGAAUGAGGAGGUUUAUUAUCAGAUGAAACAACUCCAACAAGUGACACAUCAUAUUGAAAAGCUUGGGGAAAUGAUUGAAACUGUACAAUGGAAACACUGUGACAAGCAUAUCAUGCUACUUCAAGAAAAUGAGACUGAGAUUCAAGAGCUGAAGAUCCUCUUGAAUAGGCAGAAGCAUGAGCAGAGGCAACAAUGGAAAGCCCAGGAACAUGAAGUCCAACUGUCUAAUACACUGCAGAGAAACAACACACCAUUGCUCCAAGCUCAUGUGAGGACAAACACUACACAGGCAGAAAUACCUGGAGGACACAUGAAAAGUGAACACUUGCAGACAGCUGUUGAAGAGUUUCAGUGUGUAAAUGAUCAGUUUUCGCCAACGAAUGUGGAUAUAGAUGCUGAACUGCACAAUUGCAAAUCUAAGAAUGUGCAGCAUCUGCAGUUUCAAGAAAAUAUUGCAAAAUUGCAAUCUACGGUUGCAGAUCUGACUGAAAAGAAUUACAAGAAUUGUAGCCAAGUGGCCAAAGUGCAGGAAUCAAUUAUCAAUAUAAAAACUGCAAUAGAUGAGAUAAAAGAAGAAAACAGCAAACUACAUUCUAUGAUUUCUGAAUUGCAUUUGCAAAUGAACUCUAUUACUAUGGAUCCGCAGGGCAAUGUUCGGCCCGCUGAUGAAUCUGUGAGGGACAAGCUUUGUGAAAAGGCAGGAACUGAAGAUGAGGAACUUCAUCACAGGAUCUUAAACCUAUAUGAACAAAAUAAUCAGCUGAAAACUAUGAUCAUAGACUUAGAUAAAAAACAAAGCUGCCAAGGAACAUUACAUUCACAAAUACAGGAACAUAUUGGUCAGUUUCAGGCUGUUGCUGAAAAAUUACAGCAAGGAAAUAAAAAAGUGCAAACCAUCAUCUCAGAACUUUAUGAGAAAAGAUGCCAAUUUGAGGAUUUGGCAUCAGGCCUACAAAGAAAUAUUGCCAAACUGCAGGCAGCUAUUCCCCACAAUGUGCAGCCUGGUGCAUUUUCAGAGCUGCGACAUAUGACAGAAAAUUACUUAAACUUACGGCAUGAGAACUGGAAGCUGCAGGACAAAAUGUCAGAGCUUUGCAAAUGUAAGAGCUGGCUUGAAAGCUCCCUAUCAACAUUAAACGCAAAGGUUUUUCAGCUUGAGGCUAGUAAAUGUGACAGUCAAAAGCUCCAAUACAAGAUAUUCGAUCUUCAGGACAAAAGUAAUGAAUAUACAAACGCUAUCAUCAAGCUUGAAGGUGAAAAUAUGAAUCUACAAAAAAAUUAUUGUGGCCUUCAAAGCUAUAAAAACAAACUGUUAACAAUUAUUUCAGAACUACAAAGUAAAGCAUUAAUGUUAGAGGGUGCUGACUUACAAAACAAACGGCUACAAUGUCUUGCCCAAGAACUCCUUGGAAAGAAUGCAGAAUUAAACAUCAAAAUUAUCGUACUUGCAGAGAGAAAUAACUCUUUGGAAGAAUAUCUUUUGCAAGUGCAGCAAAAUAUAAAUCAUCGUCAGAAAACUGCAGUAGAAUUACACGGAUAUACAAGACCCCAAACUACAAUUGCAGAAGUGAGUGGGAAUAAAUACCAGUUUGAAACAGAGCUGCAGACAGUAAUAGAUAUAUUAGCCAACACUGCUGCAAUCAAGGAGAAACUUCAGGUAACCAUCUCAGAACAGCAGGAGCAUAUUUUGGAGUCUCAAAGUAAAAUUUUGAAACUACAGAGAAGAAUCACCUCUCUUCACCAGUUAGUAACUGAACUACAAAAUAUUAGCCAUCAAUUUAGCUUAAAUGUUUUGGAAUUGCAAGACAACAUUUAUAUGUCAGGCAUCAGAGAAGCACAAAACCAAUGUAGUCCAGUGAUCUGUCAGGACAAGAAACAUUAUCAUGAGGGAAUGGUCAGUAUUUCACAGCUCGAGACCGUGUUAGAAUCACCAUUUACAAGGUUCACAGCUUCCACAGAAAGCUCUCUUAUUCAUAUAAUCCUUAAAAUUAUAAAGAUUAGCAAAGACGUUGUGGUCUCCAUUGAGAAAAUUGGGAUCGAAACCAGACAUCUUCAGGUUUCAAUUUUUGAUCUUGAGCUUAAGAUGCAGUUACAUAAGGAUGGCUUGUUAAAUUCAGAAGUGGACACCCUUCAAGAAAUUGUUCAGCAGCUGAAGGAGCAUAAAUAUUCACUUGAGUACCAUGAAUAUGAGAAAGCACUCCUGCAACAAAAGAUAUCUGAUCUUGAUAAAAUCAUGGUCAAUGAAACAUCCUUCACAAAUGAAAUUGAGGCUCAAAUCAAGGAUCAACAACACACAGCUAAUUCUGAAAAUAAAAAGUUGCAAAAAUUAAUAAUAGACCUUUUGAGUAAUAAUCUGGAACUUGAAAAUACAAUAAAUUGGACUCUGGAGCGUAAUGAAGUAUUGGAUGUCCAACUUGCUGCUUUGAAAAAUAUUCUCAGAGAAGAACAGGUACAAUUUAAUGAAAAAGAAGUCAAAUUAAACUGGCAGUGGAAGAUAUAUAUCGAACAUAUUGAACAUCUACAAGGUGUGUUAUCAGAAAUGGUUGCGGAAAAUACAAAUCUUAAAGAAACAGUUGAGAUACUUGUCCAAGAGAAAGUUCACCUACAAACUACAGUAUCUGAACUGCAAUCCAAUUUAAAAUCAGGGAAGUUAAAUACAAAAAGUCAGCAGGAUGACCAGUUGCAUGCAGAGUCUUCCAACAGUAGACUGUACAAGAAAAGUAAAACAGUGCAAAAAAAUAACAUCAAACUCACAAGAAGCUUGAAGGAAUUUGAAGGAGUUGCAGAUCUUCCUGAGAAUACAAGGAACAAGCUAAAGCCAAAACUAACAGAGGAAAAUCUAUCCUUUGAUGAGGAAGUCCGUCAAAUUGAAGAGAAGGCCAUAAAUAAUGAUGGAAAAGAUUGCCCUGAGGCCUUACUAGAGGAACUGAUGGGCAAGUCCGAUAAAGAUUGUGAGGUGCAUAUUGCUAUAGAAAAGGCAGAGACGACGACAGAUCUUGUAAACCUUGAAAUAAAUAUACCACUUACUGAUAAGGUGUUAUUUCACUUGGGAAGUGAAAGAUCAGAUAUAUCUAAUCCAUCAACAUUAGAUGUGUCUGAAAAUUUUCAAAUGCAGAAAAUGCCCAAUGAACUGAUGGAGUAUAACAAAGAACUUACGGCAUACAUUGAGACUCUUAUGGAAGAAAAAUACUGGCUGACAGUUGCAGUUUGUGAACUGAAACAAAACCUGAUGGAAUUGCAACAACAGGUCGAUAAAAGUGAGUCACAAAUGAUAAAUAACUUUUGCAAAUAUAUUCCAAUAUUUAUUGAUCCUGUGGAAAAUGAAAACACACGACUUUUCGAUCAUGAAAAUGCAUUGGUUAACAUUGUUAAUGAAUUGGGGAAAAAUGCAUCAUUAGAUGAAUUUGAUUGUAGCAGACCUGCUGUUCAAAUGGAGAUAGAGAAGGAGAAAUCUGAUGCAGAAAAUAAUCAACUUCAAAACAAAGUUAAACAUCUCCAGAAAAAGAAUGAAGAAUUAGAAAUGUCUAUUAAAAAACACGAAUAUGAGAAGAAAUUGUUAGAAACUAGUCUCAUUAAGAAAGAGAAUUAUCUUUCUCUGGAACAGAAAAAUGCCUGUGAAAUGCAAAGCCUCAUGAAAUAUGAAAUCCAGAUCAUUGAAAAGCAAAAAUGCCAGCUAGAAACUAUGGACGAUGAUCUAUUGGAUGAAAACAUGACUUUAUCAGUUGAUGUAGAUAAAAUGUUGCUACAGCUCACAGAAGAUGAAAUGGACAGUGAUCUUAAAAUGCAACACUACUUCAAUGAACAUGAAGCUAAGAUUUCUGAGCCAGAAGAAGUGUGUGAAACUAUUGAAGUACAAGAUGAAGCGAAAACACUGGAAGAGACAAGAAGACAACAUAAAUUGAUCGAGAGGUAUAAAGUAGAAAAAGAGUCUCUUUUAAAGUUUAAAAUUCUACUCAGAAAUCAGCAAAUGUACUGCAGGACAAGUGCUAAUCUCACAAAUGAUUUAAAGGAAGUUGAUGAAAAAAUAGGACGACUUCAGGAGAAGCUGAAUGCUCUGACAUGUAACAGCUCAAAAUUUCUGGAGAUUCUUAAUCAGUCCACAGAAAGGAGUCAGAUCAGUAACAUUUGUAGUUCAGAAAGUCAGGUGAGCAAGUCUGUAUCAAUGGAACCUGUGCACCUGUGUAACUUAAUAAACCCAGAUUUCUCUGGAAAACAUGCUAAUAUUUACCCAGACAGCAGAAAAGACUUGGAAUCAUAUAUUCAGCCGUCAAAAGAAAAGAAUAAAAGCAAAAUCUUAAAUGUACAAAACGUUCAACAUCUAGAGUCAAUCAAGGAAUCACAGAACAGUAAUGAAAACAUACAAAAGGCCAUGGAAAAGACUGACAGAGAUAAAAAAUUGCUUGAAUUAAAUGUGACUCACCACAAAGGAAGGAUAGAUGCUGAGCAACAUGCCUGCAAUAACUUGACAGUUUAUCUAAAAAACAAAAGCAAGAUAUUAGGAAAUCAGAAUAAUAAUUUCCAUGAUAUGAUCGCUGAAUUGUUGAAUGAUAUCUCAAGAUUUCAAGUUUCAAUUGAUAAUCUUGAGCAAGCAAAAAAACUGUUAAAGAUUAAAAUCACUGAGCUGAAUGAUGGAAUGAAAAUAGAUGAGGCAUGCUGCAGUUACAAAGUAAAGCAAGGGAGUUCAUCUCAAGCUGCUGACCCACCAAAGAAAUUAACAGGAUCUGAGAACACUAUGAUGAAUUUCCUUGCAGCUCUUUACGAAGUGGACAAGGAUACAAUGCUUCCUGCAGUUAUGAACCACGUUCUUGAAACAGGUGACGAACUUCAAAACAGUGAAACGAGAUCUCAACAAACCAUUGAUAACACUGAAAAUGGUAGAAUAAUGUUUGUGAAAACCACUGGUAAUUUGCAAGAUAAAAUAUUAGAAGAGCACAAUUUUAGCAUUGCAUUACUGGAACUCUCUCAGAUUAUGGAUCCUUCCUCUGCGAACAGUUACCAACGAAAAGUUGUGAAAACUCCACCAGAAAGUCAUCAUUCACAAAAUGAAAGUUUAGUAGAUAAAAAUGUUAAAUUAAUAGAUUGUGAGCCCACAGAAGAACAUUUGACCUCAACUAAAAUUCACUUUCAACCAGCGAAUGAGGAAGACUUGAAAUGGACAAUGCAAGAGACGGAAUUGGUGGAUAUGGCUCUUGGGAGCAAAGCGGGAGAAAUAAGUGCUCCAGAAGUGUCCACAUUUUGUCUAGGUCCAAUUUCAGAAAACCAACUAAGUAUCUAUAAAACCAAGAGAAAUAAUACAGAAAGUGAAACAAUAAAUAAAUUCAUAAUUAAUUUCCAAGACAUAAAUCAACAAGCCAAGGAGAAGAACAUGUUUUCAACUUGUGCGCAUUUAAGUGUAGCCGAUGAGGACUACAAUCUUAAAACUAACUGUAAGUGUGACUUCAAUCAGAAUUGUACUGAAUCUGAAGUAAGGAAUACAUGGCUGCAGGAAACAUUUGAAUCAACUAACAGUAUGGGAUAUCCAGAAAUAGGAAAUAUUAUGAGAGGGCAAGACACAUUGCUGGCUGGAGAUUCCAAGCAACAAUACACAGGAAUAGAAAAAGUUGCUGAUACUGUAAGAACAACAUCAGUUUGUGCCAUUGAGUCUCCAAUUAUAUAUAUUAAGGGCGCCUGUCAACAGGAAAAAAACGUACCAUUGUCAAAGAGGGUGCAGGAGCGAAAUAGGGUCACUCUAAAUCAUCAAGAAGACAAAGAAUUGGUCAAACCAACUCUCGAUCAUCAAGAGACCGAACUUUGGGAGGAAGAACUUACGGAUAACGGUUACAUUGAUCAGAGUUUAUCCAUUAAACCUAUGGCCGUCUCCACUGAGUUUAUGGAACCUACAUCCUCUGGCACUGAACAGAUUACUGAAACUUCUGAAGUGCAAAAAGACAACAAAAAUGUAAAGGUAGCAAUUACUGAUCUUGUGGUCAAGAUAAAACCAACCGUGAUUGAAGAAGAAAUCAACAGUUUCAAGUCAUUGACAUCAGAAGAAAUAACUGGACAUGAAUUGAUAGAGAAGGAAAAUAACAAAUCUACUCCAUCUUUCUGGAUGAGAUGCAUGAUACAGUAAUUCUUCAAAGUGAUUCAAAUACUGUGCAAAAUUAUAACCAAUGUAGUUUAAAUUAUUCAGCAAAACACUGCCUUAUUGUCAUGACGGGUUAUUUAUUCUGAUGCUUAACAAUUCACUUCACUUCAUCGUUUUUUUUGAAGAAUCGUCCAUAUUUUUAAUCUUUUUAAUCCUCAUGCGAAUCACCAUUUGGAAAUCAAUAUCAACUUAAAAGGAUGAUUACUUCCUAGCACAAGCUUUAAUGCCCGAUACACACAUCACAUUAACAAAAUGUUUUCAAAUGAUUCCUGAAAUAUUCAAUUUUUAUUGAGAUUUUGCCUUAUUUCUCUUUCUGCCAAUACAACCCAUUGAAAAUCAGAAUGAUCAGAACAUCAGUUUGAAGUGAGACAUCUGGGAAGGUGUUGCUAAUCUGAGUCUAUGUUAGGGUAUCAAAAGUGACUGUUCGGGGGAAAUAGGUUUUGCUUUUUACAGAAACUAAACACAUUAUCUAGUAAUCUAGCUAAACAUGAGAGGACCUCUUCAAAAUGGGACAUGUAGUUUUAGGUGGGUGGUAACACAGGGAGCAGAUUAUGCAGCACUCUAUAUUACAAACUUUAUUUGAAUAUUCUCUUCUGUAUCUCAACCAUGAAUUCCCAUUCUGCAAUAAAACAAAUAAUUUGCUGUAACUAAUUUUAAUUGCAUGGACUAUGUUUAUCAAACGUGGAACAGUUGACUUGCAGGUAACUCUGUGAUGAUGAAAGUGGAGCAUAUCUCUUAACUGCAGAUGAACUGCUGGCCAGCCAACACCACAGCAACCCAAAGCAGAAUAAAACAUUGAAUUACAUGGCAUAAUACACUAUGCAUGCCUCGGUGGUCUGGCAAAAUGCCUCAUCGCCAGAACUCACCAACAAGCACAAGACCUGGCUAAGCUGGCAGUGAGUGAGACCCUCCCAGUCAGAACCUUCCUGUACUAUCGGAAUCUUACUACCACGCUGCCCUCGAACGGCUGCUCUGCAGAUGAGACGGUUGCCCACCUCUUCACAUAGUGUGGAUUUGCGAAGAGAGUCCGGUGAAUGAUAUAAGGGUCUUUGUCCCAGUUUAUCGUGAACAACUCCAUAACUCAUUGAUUUACGGACUGUUCCCAGGGAUAAAUUUGGUGGUGGACAUCGUCCUAUUGGAAGAUAAUCAACUUUACAAAUUAUCAAUUUGUUAAUCAACUUAGUCUGCCCGAAACUUGUUGAUCUCCCAGCAGAACGAGAUAGACAAUAGACAAGAGGUGCAGGAGUAGGCCGUUCGUCCCUUUGAGCCAGCACCGCCAUUCAAUGUGAUCAUGGCUGAUCAUCCCCAAUCAGUACCCCGUUCCAGCCUUCUCCCCAUAUCCCCUGACUCCGUUAUCUUUAAGAGCCCUAUCUAGCACUUUCUUGAAAGUAUCCAGAGAACUGGCCUCCACUGCCCUCUGAGGCAGAGAAUCCCACAGACUCACAACUCUCUGUGAGAAAAAGUGUUUCCUCGUCUUUGUUCUAAAUGGCUUACCUUUAGCGGAUGCAGAGACGACGACUAAGUUUUCUGAACGAUCUUUAUUAACCACUCGCUCCUUUGUCAACAGGUCUAUGCAUACAUGUCUGAUCACAACGGUGGUCAGCAAAACAAUUGCCGCGCAAAAACAAAACCACGCGAAAAUGGCAGCCCCUCCCAAGUCACGUGACCGCGGCUUCUGAAUGCCGGGUACAAUACCUGCGUGUGCCUGCAGGCACCGCUACAUACCUCUUAUUCUUAAACUGUGGCCCCUGGUUCUGUACUCCCCCAACAUGUUUCCUGCCUCUAGCGUGUCCAAACCCUUAAUAAUCUUAUAUGUUUCAAUAAGAAUCCCUCUCAUCCUUCAACUCCUCUUGUUAUAAAGGCCAACAUGCCAUUUGCUUUCUUCACUGCUUGCUGUACCUGCAUGCUUACUUUCAUUGUCUGAUGUACAAGGACCCCCAGAUCCCAUUGUACUUCCCCUUUUCCCAACUUGACACCAUUUAGAUAGUAAUAUGCCUUCCUGUUUGUGUACCAAAGUGGAUAACCUCACAUUUAUCCACAUUAAACUGCAUCUGCCAUGCAUGUGCCCACUCACCCAACCUGUCCAAGUCACCCUGCAUUCUUAUAGCAUCCUCCUCACAGUUCACACUGCCACCCAGCUUUGUGCCAUCUGCAAAUUUGCUAAUGUUACUUUGAAUCCCUUCAUCUAAAUCAUUGAUGCAUAUUGUAAAUAGCUGCGGUCCCAGCACCGAGCCUUGCGGUACCCCACUAGUCACUGCCUGCCAUUCUGAAAGAGACUCGUUAAUCCCUCCUCUUUGUUUCCUGUCGUCCAAACAAUUUUCUAUCCAUGUCAGCACUCUACCCCCAAUACCAUGUGCCCUAAUUUUGCUCACUAACCUCCUAUGUGAGACCUUAUCAAAU